AUGAUUGAACCGUCUAUUUCACGCGAAACCUAUUCGCAUCACCUCCAGAACGCCCAGUUCAUCGGGGAUUUCUGCAAUAGCCAAGACAUUACCUUGUCUACGUUCUUUACUACUGUCUUGUCAAUCUUGCUACAAUCCUAUACUGGGAAUGAGGCGGUUGCUCUAGCGGCGGGUGACUCGUUUGACACUCGGUCUUCCAAUGAAUACCGGCAAAUCAUAAUUACACCGGACACCAAAUUGGAGGACCUUUACGGUCAAGCAAAGGAGAGCACUGUACUCGAUAUCGACAGCCCCCCAAAGUAUGCACUAUGGAUAGCGCCAAGGUCAAAAGGGAGCCUGUUGGAGCUUCCGGAGCUUUUGCAGCAAGUGGAAUUGGGACUGCUAGUGGAAGUUGGUUCCAAUCAUGCCGAUAUGUCAAUGUCGCUGUAUUGCGAUGGUAUCGCAUCAGCAAACAAUCAUGCUCCGUCCAUGUUAUCCACAAUUAUGCACCUCAUUGAGCAGAUUGUGAAGGCUCCCGCGCAGCAAGCAGUCAGGGAUGUGCCAUUCCUGAGUCCGGCAGACUUGAAGAAAGUGGUGGAGUGGAACGCGCAAGGCCAAAAUCAUUCACAUCAUCAAUCUAUCACCCACCUCAUCAGCCAACAGUGCAUUCAAUUUCCACAACACCUAGCUAUUGACGCCUGGGAUGGGAAGCUCACUUAUGCGCAGCUUGACAAGCUGACGACAGAUAUUGCCAUCGAGCUGCGACAGCUGGGAGUCGGUACAGACUGCCUUAUACCUGUUUGUAUAGAGAAGUCUGUCUGGGCAGUUGUGGCUGAGAUCAGUGUCCUCAAGGCCAAUGGCGCGUUUGUUCCUAUGGACCCUUCGCAGCCACCAAGUUGGUGGAAGUCCACAGUCCAGGAGACUCGGGCUCAACUGGUCAUCGCCUCCGCGAAACAAAAGCCAGCACUACUGUCCGCUGAAAUAGGAAUUCCAGUACUUGUUCUCUCUAUCGAAGCAUUUCCUAUCCCCCCUCUUGCCCAGCAGCAGAACAAAAUACCACCAAUGGCGGCCAUCCCUCCCGUGGAUCCAGAGGCCACUGCCUAUAUUCUCUUUACCUCGGGAAGCACGGCCAAGCCAAAAGGAUGUGUUAUGCAGCACCAGGCGUUGGCGGAUAUUGUUCGACAUAACAAUGCCCUCCACAUCUCUCCCACAAGCAGAGUCCUACAAUUCGCAUCCUACACGUUCGCCGUAUCGGUGAUCGAGAUUUAUUGCACCCUGACUGCAGGUGGGACUGUUUGUAUUCCUUCGAGCGACGAUCGGAUGAACAAUCUCGCCGAUUACAUUGACAAGACGAGGGUUAACUGGGCUCUCAUGACGCCGUCCACGUCAAAUUCACUCAUUGGGCCCUCGGUGGUCCCAACCCUGAAAACGCUUUUUAUGGCCGGAGAGCCUAUGACACAGCGUCAUGUUGAUAUAUGGGCAAAAGACUUGUGCCUCCAUCAAUGUUACGGGCUCUCAGAGUGGUCUGGAAUUUGUGCAGUGACUCCUCAGAUUCCUCCAUGUGCAGAUCUGCAACAUGUCGGGUUAAUCUCCACGACGCCGAAUUUGUGGCUUGUAGACCCGCACAACGAUCAGAGAUUGUCACCAAUCGGAGCUAUCGGCGAGUUGCUGAUCGAAGGCCCGAGUAUUACCAGAGGUUAUCUGAACAAUCCAGAAAAAACCGCAGCGGCCAUCAUCGAAUCACCUUGCUGGUUGAAGCGUUCGAGUCAGAAGCCCCGACACCUGCAUUCCACAAGGAUGUACAAAACGGGGGACCUCGUGCAAUAUCUCCCCGAUGGAAGUAUUCGAUACGUUGGUCGCAAAGGCACCCAGGCCAAGAUUCGAGGAAAGCGUGUGGAACUAAGUGAAGUCGAGGAUGCCGCAGGUAGCCGCUGUUCGUCUUCCAAUAUCAAUCGCGUAGUGGCCGAAGCUGUGGUUCCUGCAGGCGGAGAUGAGACCUCCGUCUUGGCCCUUUUCCUGCACUACAAAAAGGACGCCCAUGGAGCUCAAAAGCAGGACAGUGGCGCCAUGUUUGUUCGAACUGAUAACCUCCUGUCUGAUGCAACAAACUUACGAGCCCACCUUCCACAAGCUUUACCUGACCAUAUGGUUCCAACUGUCUAUAUCGAGCUAGCAUAUGUCCCGUUGACAAUUACUGGGAAAAUCGAUCGCAGGGUAUUGCGAUCUUCAGCGAACAAGCUCACCCGACUGCAAUUGGAAUUCUUCUCCAGCUGCGAGGUAGCGGUCGAAAUGGUUCCGCCUGUGAAUCCAUCUGAAAUCAUCCUGCACGGCCUAUUCUGUUCUGUCCUCGGAAUUGACGCAGACAUAUUUGGCAUUCACCAGAGCUUCCUCCGGCUCGGUGGUGAUUCAAUUAAAGCUAUGCGCCUAGUUCAAGCUAGCCGGGAACAUUCCCUGGCAUUUACCGUGGCGGACGUCAUGCGAGCUGAGACUAUUGCAAACCUUGUCGCCAUUGCUCAAACGUCCUUCACCUCUGGUGAUGAUUCAUCAAUAGAGAAUGCCGAGUAUGCGGAUUUAGACAUGCAAACACUUCCGGGAAUUGGAAAGAUCGAGGAAAUUUACCCGUGUUCCCCCAUCCAAGAAGGGAUAUUGCUGAGCCAGGCACAAACUCCCGAAUACUAUCAACUUCGGGUCAUCUGGCUAGUGAAAUCAAGGACGAAACCAUAUCGUGUAGAUGCCGAACGCCUGCAGGAAGCAUGUAAUCAACUGAUCGAGCUACAUCCUAUGCUUCGGACACAACUGAUAGAGGGAACAGACCUGAAGGGCUAUGCCAUGCAGAUUACACUGCCAAAGGAAGCCAAGCCACAUGUGAAUAUACUGCGGUGCAAUUCUGUUGACCCCAAACAAAUGGCUACUAUCAGGCCCACCACUAAUAGCUCUCCCGCACAGCUAGACUUGCCCAUCUUCACGAUCCACAAGUCAGGAACCGGCGAUGUCUUUGUCUCUCUUGAUGUCAGCCACACGCUCAUCGAUGGACUUUCUAUUUCCAUUAUUGCUCGGGAUCUCGAGCAACUAUAUGAUGGAGUAAACCUGGCGUGCAUGCCUCGUGUCAUUCAUUCUAAGUACAUCGCAUACGUGGCUACACAGCGUCGGAAUUUAGCUCAAGGCGCCCUCGAAUUUUGGAGUCGCUACUUGCACGGGUUUAGUCCUUGCUUGCUAUCAUCCUCGAAGGGGCCGGAGGUACAAGAGCGGCAAUGGAACUCGCUGGCUAUCGAUCUGGGCGAUAUCGGGAGAUAUCAUCAGUUCAGCAAAGAUAAUGGGAUCACCCUUGCGACAGUGUUCAAGCUGGCCUGGAGCUUGGUCCUUCGAUCAUUUGCUGUUACGACUGAUGUCUGCUUCGGAUACAUGACGUCGGCGCGAGGAUUGCCUCUGCCCAACUUGGAAGACGCGGUCGGUCCGUUUAUAAACAUGCUUGUUUGCCGAGUCCAGAUCGACCCAAAAAGCACCCUUCGCACGGCCUUACGGCAGAUCCAGUCCGACUUUAUCGACAGUUUGACCUAUCAACACGUCCCUCUCAUGGAUGUACGCGCUUCUCUUGGUUUGACACACAGUGACCAAAUCUUCAAUACAAGCUUGACCUUCCCACCUGACAUUGAGACAAGGAGGGAAUCGUCCAUUGAAAUUACACAAGCCGCCCUGCAUGAUCCCACAGAGUUCGAUGUUAUGGUUGAGAAGCGGAUCGCUUGA